AACCCAAUCAGGCUACUCCUCUCAUAAUAAACCGUGUGCUCCUCUUCAAUGACCGAUGUUGCUUUCCCAGCGAAAUGAUGAGGAAUAGAAGAUAAUCAAGCUCUUCCCCUAAAACUGCUGGAUUACAGGAUAUUAAACGAUAAAAAAGUUUUUAACUGAAAGGGAUAUCACACCUGCCAACGCUUACCGGAUACCCUGGUACCUGGAAUUCGCCGCCACGUAAUUAGUUCGGACCGAAGUUUAUUUUAGUGUGAUGAAACGGAUCUCCUAUUUGACAGGGAAAGUCUGAAAUAUAUUACGGGAAAAACAUAAAUGAAAUAAGAAAUAAUUGAUGUUCGUAUAACAAGGAUCUGUAGCCUAGUCUUCGAGGGAAAGGUGUAUUCUCCCAAAAAAACAACAGUCCAGGUAAAGUAGGCUAUGCCAUUUUUAUUUUCUCAAAAGGUAAGUUAGAUUCACACAAUUUUCAACCUGGUCUCAAAGCAAAACAUAUUAUAUUUGACUAAAAUCCGUGCGACUCCAUGUAGUAUGAUAUUGUAGCGACCCAGGUUUAUAAGCGCAGAUAUCUACUCUGCCAAUUGAGCAUGCUUUUAUGGCACAGUUGAUGGCCCGCUGGGCUUCGGCAUGUUUCAUUACAAUAUGUUACUUUACAUUAGGUUACAUUACAUUGGUCAUAGUGGUCAUACAACAUAAUAUGAAUUGUAGGACGUAUAGUAUCCUACAUCUUGAAUAUUUAGUAUGAAAUAUUAUGUUCUACUGCUUUAGUAUGAUAUGCUACAUUCAACUGCUUUGGUAGGGUAUAUAAAGCUUGACUGCUUUAGUACGAUAUAUUUCAUUUGACUGCUUUAGUAUGAUAUGCUACAUUAGGCUAGGGGUUAUCUUAAAGAGUUAGGGUUAGCUACCAUGCUAAGUAGUUGAAAAGUAGCUAAAAGUAGUAAUUAGUUACAAAAUGUAUGAUAUGUUACGAAUUCUAGCUAGGUGGUUAGGUGGCUAACGUUAGCUAGCUGGCUAAAGUUAGCUAGGCUAGGGAUUAGGGAUACAUUUAGGAGUCAGGUUAAAGGGUUAAAGUAAUGUGUUUAUUGGUAUGCGGUAUCCCAUUCCUUUAGAAUAUUGAAUUGAAACAUUGAUUUGUCAUAUUUAGUUAAUAAAAAAUAUAUACAUUUUUGUUCAGCUUUCCCUUAAAAUGUGACCUAUAGUCUACAGUUAUUUUAAGUUCACUUAUUAAGAAAUAAAAUAUUGUAGGUAGUCAAUAUUUAGACUGUUGAAGAGCUGGGCUAUAUUUGAAGUAGUAUGUCAGAUGACAAAGCCAACACUGGCAGUCAUUCCAACAAUGCACGUUCCAUCUCCCCAUAUGAUAGGCGUGCUUGGAGAACCGGGUUUAGUUGGCCCAGAUAGGUCUUCCCUAGGGACAUGGUGGCCUUAUUUCUAAAAGCCAAUUUUAUAUUAGAGGAAAGUAAUUGUAUUGUAAAACUUGUUAAAACCAAAAGCUAUUUUAAUUGAUUCCAUUAACAACCUAAAAAAUGGGUUUAUUAAACCUCUUGUCACUUUCAUGAGGCAGAUGUUGGUCUAGUAGGCAUAUCCCUAGUUGGUUUAGGUGUGUGUGUGUGUGUGUGUGUGUGUGUGUGUGUGUGUGUGUGCAUGCGCACGUGCUGUCAAUGUGAGUGUGUUAAUGCAAGUAAUGAGUGCCUUUUAGAUAGCUUAACCUUGAUGUCUUCAUUAUGAUGAACAACUGUCUGUGGGACGUCAAUACAACGGUUUCCUUUAACUCCAUCAAUUAGACCGUCUAAGAUAGUACUCAAGUCAACUGUGAUUGAUUAUUGGCACCCAGAUAUACCCCUCAUCUGGUGUGCCAGUCAGUCCCUGAAUCAGUCCUGCGCACCUUGCGGUCCAGAUUUGAGAAAGGGACCCCCCCCCCCCCAACCAUACAAACCACUAAAGCAACAAGAUAGCUUUACAUAUAGGAGGCAACUGUUGACAUCUGGCCUUGACAAAGGUGAUGUCACCAUGAAAAUGUAAGAUGUUGUGUAACAACAUGGAGGUUAAGGUUAACCACUGGGGUUAACCUUAACUCCAGUGGUGGAAUAAGAUUUCCAACACCGUCCAUAUUACUGAAGCACUUCACUGAAUGAAGAAUGAAGACCACUCUCCACCCACCAUUACCACACCCAGAGAACAGCUAUUAAUAGUUUGACUGUCUUUUUUACUGUUGCAGUUUCUUUUUGCACAGGACCUUCAAGUGGAUCCGUGAACAGCCAGAAUGAAAUGGGAGAAGUUUAAGCCUCCAGAGCCAGAUGAUCCCAUGUGCUGUUGUGAGUGUGACGUAGACCCACAUGGAUGCUGCUGUGACUGUGACGAUCUGGAUGAAGCUUGCAGCAGGUGGCUAAAGGGGGAGCCUCAGAAACCUGACUGUGUGUUGCCUGUGUUUGGCGCAGUGAUGGACCGGCUGAGGGUGAGACUGUUACCAGGGGACAGGCGGGUGGAGCUCUCCAUGGUCCCAGCUCUAGUGUUGCUUCCUCUGCUAUUGCGUCUGGCAGCACUGCACUUCCUGUUGGGCUUGGUCAUUCUAACAGCCCUGCCUGGCCUGGUGCUGUUGUACUACUACGCCACACAUCGGAAGAAGGGCCGCACCCUCUUCUUCCUCAGCCUGGCGCUCUUCUCCCUAGCCUACAUGUACUUCCUCUUUGUCACAGAGAUCUUACCUCGUGGGGAUGUAAGUCACCUGCAGCUUGUGACCGUGACAACGGGUGUGGUUCUCACUCUCAUCUCCCUUGUGCGCACUAAGAGGGGGCCAGGCUUUGUGCAGCCUUCCCUAGCUGCCAUACACAGCACCAAUCAAAGCCAACUGCCUGACAAACACUCUGCCUCUCAGAAUGAAGUGGACCAGUCGAUGAUGCCAGCAUCCCCAGCCAAACCAGUGGAACAGCAGACACAGUCCCUGACAGCGAAGGGGGGCACUUGUCCUCUGUGCAAAGUGGUGCGUCCCCCGCGGGCGGGGCAUUGCCGGAUCUGCGGAGGCUGUGUCCAGCGCCUGGACCACCACUGUAUCUGGAUAAACAGCUGUGUCGGCAAGGCCAAUCAUCGCAACUUCCUGCUGACCCUGCUCCUCUUUCUGUUGACCUCUCUGUAUGGGAUCAGUCUGGUACUGCGGAGCGUGUGUCCCCGACAGAACCUACUCACCGCCCUGCUCUACUGCCCUGGUGUCUACAAUCAGUACAGCUCAGCCCUGUGCUUCACCUGUGCUUGGUACAGCAGUAUUGUCACAGGAGGUCUGCUGCACCUGCUGAUGCUGCAAAUUAUCAAUAUCAGCUACAAUUUGACGGAGCGGGAGGCACAACUUGCUCUGCGGAAGAAAAAUGGCCAGAGUCGUCUGCAUGGCCUCGUUGUCGACACAGGGGUCUACUCACGUGGCUUCUGGCAGAACUGGGCUGAAUUCCUGACCAUGGGAGAACCUGCAGAUAGACACCCCUCUGCCCUCACUGACUUGGUUUAGCCUUGGCUUAACACCAUGCCACUCUGCCCAACUAGUUCAACACUGCUGGGUUUCAACUGGAAACGCCUUUCCUCUACCAUGCUGGUGGGCUGUGUGGGACUGUGAGCAUCUCUGAACUUUCAACUGCCCUUGGGUCACGCAAACUUAUUGCAACUCAGAGAUGUUCGUUUUUAAUCGUUAAAUAGACCUCUAUAUUCCGAACACUUGGGUAGAGACAAUAACCAUGUUCCUCCAGGUUGUCAUGGAUACGAUUAUUAGUAUUAGUUAUAACAUGGUGUAAAUAUAAAGGGCUGCUCUGCAUAUUUAAUACACUUUUAAUAAUUCUUUGAUUUAAUACAGUUUUAACCUCUGACAAAUAUGUUAGAUUUUCCAAAAGGAUGUAAAGAUUCUUAACCAUGGCAUACUAAAUAGCAAUGGAUGAAUGGACAUGCAUGACUUAGAGAACAUGUUUAUGACACUGUAAACUACGCAUUGACAUUUAGCGUGCCUGACCAUUAAGGUGACACAGGCGAAGAUUACUUUAAAGGGAAGAAAGCUGUGACAGACAUGCGCCUCCUCUCACCCACAUACUCUUUGUAGUUCAAUAGGAUAUUAAGUUUGCAUGUACAGUAAAUGUCUUAUUUCAACUAUCCUGUUCACUGUAGAAGACUUAAGACUCAUUUUCCUUUGUGUCUUGUUUAUCAUGCCAAUAAAGCAUAUCAAAUCCAA